AUGUCUACAAAGAUUCGAUCGGAGCGGCUAGCUAAAUUUCUUGGGGAUGUUCUCCAUGGAAAGCAAGAAGUCCAAGAUUCCACCAACUUCAAACGACUGGUUCAAGCCAUCCUGGAGCAAAACAACCCUUUUGCACUAGUUGAAAAGCUUAUCGCAAACCAAACCGCUAUGAAAUCUCUUCGAAAUGGGUUGAGAUUCAACAUCACUCCAGCCUUCAUCAACGAGUUUUCUGCGAAACUCAUUCUUUUCUUGAACGAUCCACAAGUCAAGCUUCUUGGAAAUGGCUUGAUUUUUGAACAGAUUCUCUUGAUCAUACUGGAGCCACGAACUCUCUGGAACUCAUUCGUGGAGGCCUUUCUUACAGGAAAACUGGAUGAGAAUGCAACUCUUGCUCUAUGCUGGUUGACCACAGAGCUGCUGUCAUUGCCAACUUCACUUAGAGUGGACAUCAGAGCAGAUGCCCAGGCUAUUGUUGACCAACAAUCACUUUUCUCAUCGCCUCUUGUUCGGCUACGGAACACAGGGCACAAGAUAAAGUAUCUCCUGGAAAUGAAAUCUUCCACAACUGCUCUCGUCUCCUCUGAAAGCACAGCCGGCGGUCGCCAUGAUAACGACUUUGCUGACUUCCGAUUGACGGCUAUUCUACCCACUGCAGAUGAGAUGGGCUGUACGGAGAAGCCUUUCUAUCGUGGAGUGGACGAGAUAGCAGAGCUAUCCGGUAGCCAGCGCAUCGCCGGCCACAUUGACAACCAGUUUCGUCUCUUGAGGGAGGACAUGCUGUCAGUUCUUCGUGAUGACUUCCAAAUUGCCAAUGGCAAAAAAGUGGUCGGCGAUCAGCUCUUCGCCUGGGACGAAAAACACCUGCGCUCGUGCACUAUAGGUGUGACCCCAAAGACAGGUCUCAACAGACUACAUAACCUUUCCAAAGACGACAAAAAGGCUUUUUUAAAGAAAGAAGUGCAGUUCGUCAAACACCAGGCAUUUGGAUGCCUGAUCCGAGGCACCGAGAUUGUGGCUUUUGCAACUAUCGAAAGGGAUAUUGACGCAUUGGCUUCAAGUCCACCCGUUGUGAUGCUACGCAUUGCCGGAGAGGAGGCACUGAAGAAAUCCCUUCUUGCUCUAAAACUGCAUAACGACAUCGAUUUUCUGGUGGUCAACACACCUAUUUUUGCUUAUGAGCCGAUAUUGAAGUGUCUACAAGAAAGGAUGGACUUUCCACUCACAGAAGAGUUGUUUCUCUACGAGAAAAAUCAGCCGCCGAGGAACUCGGAUUUGGCCCCUUGGAACCUGAUCAAUGAGCUUGGAGAGAAUUAUAGACGCAACGUCCAGAACCUCCUCCGGACUUCCCAGCCUGUCACAUUGGACCCUUCGCAGCUCGAGUCUUUGCUAGCGGGGUUGACUCAAAGAGUCAGCUUGAUCCAAGGCCCACCAGGUACCGGAAAGUCUUUCAUAGGCGCCCUCCUUUCGAAGGCCCUCUUUGACCACACCAAGGACAAGAUCUUGGUCAUGUGUUAUACCAACCAUGCUUUGGAUCAAUUUUUGGAAGACUUGCUGGAUAUUGGAAUUAAGUCCUCUGCCAUUGUUCGACUGGGAUCUAAGUCAUCAACCAGAACCCUUCCAUUAAGCCUGAAGAUGCAGCAAAGGAGCCGCGCAAGAUCUAAUGAAACAUGGAACACCAUAAGAGCCCUAGAGGCCGACGGAAAAACCCACAAAGAUGGACUGGAUAUAUCAUUUCGAGCGUACCAGCAGCUUUCGGCUGAUACCACGUCAAUGCUGGAUUAUCUCGAGUUUGAGGAGCCGGAGUACUUCGAAGCUCUGAGUGUCCCCGAAGACGAGAGUGGAAUGAAAACGGCUGGCAAGUCUGGAAGAGCAGUUGGCAAGGGCUAUCUGUUCGACAGGUGGGCCCAGGGAAAAAAUCCGAAGCAUUUUUUGGAUACUCUCCCUGAGCAUUGUCGAUCCAUAUGGGCAAUGGAGCAGGAUCUCCGAAAGAAGAAAGUUGAACUCUGGGCGCGGGCUUUGAUGAACGAACAAGCCACAUCUUUGAGUACCGAGAUCGGGUUGUUCAACAAGUGCGAGAGAAAAUUGAGUGCCAUUCUGUCUGAAAAGACGAGGGAUAUUCUGAAAGGAAAGCGAAUCAUCGGCUGCACAACCACAGCUGCCGCAAUGUAUUCAGACGACCUUCGGCACGCAUCUCCCGGAAUUGUCCUUCUCGAAGAGGCAGGUGAAAUCUUGGAGUCUCAUGUCCUCACGGCAAUUGCUCCUGAGACCAAGCAUUUGAUCAUGAUUGGAGACCAUCUCCAACUCAAGCCCAAAAUCAACAACUAUGCCCUGAGUGCAGAAAAGGGCGAUGGUUAUGAUCUCAAUGUAUCUCUUUUUGAAAGACUCAUACAUGCUGGCUAUCCCCACACAACACUGCUCAAGCAACAUCGAAUGUGUCCUGAGAUUUCCAGCCUCGUGCGUAAUCUGACGUACCCUGGGUUGGAAAACGACGAGAAAACAAAGAACCGCCCCAUGCCAAGAGGACUAUGCGACCGGGUGAUAUUUUUCAACCAUGCAAGUCUCGAAGCAAGCUUCAAGGAUGUUUCUGAUCGACGAGACGAGGGUUCAAAGCAGUCCAAGCAAAAUCCAUUUGAGGCAGAGGUUGUCUUGAAAAUUGUCAAAUACCUUGGGCAGCAAGGGUAUGGGACUGAUAAAUUGGUCAUUCUCACGCCCUAUCUUGGUCAACUCUCGCUCUUGAGGGACACACUGAGCAAACAGAAUGAUCCAGUGCUCAACGAUCUUGAUUCCUAUGAUCUCGUACAGGCUGGGCUCCUAUCACAGGCCAGUGCCAACCAUUCAAAAAGACAGAUAAAGCUGUCUACCAUUGAUAACUAUCAAGGAGAAGAGAGCGAGAUUGUCAUAGCUUCACUUACUCGCAGCAAUACUGUCGGCGACAUAGGCUUCAUGGCAGCACCCGAAAGAUUGAACGUGCUGCUUUCUCGCGCUCGAAAUGUGUUAAUAUUGGUAGGCAACUCGGAAACGUUCGUCUCCAGUCGCAAGGGACAAAAGUGUUGGAAGCCCCUGAUCGAUCAGCUCAAAGCUGAUGGACAUUUGUAUGACGGAUUACCUGUCAAAUGCGAGCAGCAUCCACAAAAGACUGCCAUCCUUCAAAGGCCAGAGGAUUUUGACCGGGAAGUCCCAGAUGGAGGCUGCUCAGAGCCUUGUGGAGCCAAGCUCAAAUGUGGAGUUCACGAAUGCAAAUCCAGGUGUCAUCAGAUACAGGACCACUCCAAAAUGGUUUGCACGAAGAUUGUGAAGAUCAAAUGCCAGCGCAAUCAUUCAUCGUCACUCCGUUGCGGCCUGACUCAAACUGCGUGUCGAUUCUGCCUUCAAGAAGAUAAGAUCAAGGAGCGUAAGCGCGAGCGGGAUGCUACGUUGGAGGCAGAGCGUCAAAAAAAGCAAGCUUCAUACGCCCAGCAGCUUGCAGAAGCUCAAGACGAAGCUGCUCAUUUGAGACGUUUGAAUCGCGACAAAUUCGACGAUGCGCAGCGAGCAAAGGUUCUUGAACAACACGAAAAAGAGAUUGAGGAGCUCAAGAGAGGCCCGGUGCAAGAGACGCAUACACCGAAAAAAAUCAUUGACAGAGAAGGUUCCUCAUCUCCUACCCCCCUCGGAGAAGAUCUUGAGACGCCUCCUGAAAAUGAGGUUCGACGCGCUGAACCUCAGACUCAAGCUCCGAUCAUUCUACAAAAAAUGCCCACUCAAAAGUCCUCACAAGCUAAAGACGAUUGGGACCACCAAAAAACCUUCUUUCUGGCCCAGAGUCUGGAAAUUGACCAGUUGAUGGACAUGGUGGGACUGGAGUCUGUGAAGGCAAAAUUCCUCGCCAUCAAGUCAAAAGUCGACACCUCAAUUCGACAAGGCGUGGAUCUAAGUCGCGAGCGAUUUGGCUCUGUACUGGUCGGAAAUCCUGGAACCGGCAAGACGACCGUCGCCCGUCUCUAUGCCAAGUUUUUGGCUGCUGUUGGGGUCAUUCCAGGACAGAUGUUUACUGAGACGACUGGUUCUAGACUUGCAAAUGACGGCAUUUCCGGAUUCCAAAAGAUCAUUGACGCUACUCUCCAAGAUGGAGGAGGUGCUAUUUUUAUCGACGAGGCCUACCAGCUCGUAAAUGGUAACAGCUUUGGCGGUGGCGUUCUUGAUUUUUUGUUGGCCGAAGUCGAGAAUCAGACAGGGAUGAUUGUGUUCAUCCUUGCUGGAUAUGAACGCCCCAUGGAGAAAUUCUUCAGUCACAAUGAAGGACUUCCUAGUCGUUUCCCACAUCAGUUAAAGUUUGAAGACUUUGACGACACCGAAUUGAUGGAAAUCAUGAAGAGUGGGAUUGAAAGGACCUACAAGAAACAAAUGAAAGUUGAUGAUGGGCUUGGAGGACUCUACUGCCGUGUGUUAGCCCGGCGAAUUGGACGCGGGCGCGGUCGUGAAGGGUUCGCAAAUGCAAGAGCCGUGGAGAAUGCCAUGUCACGAGUUUCCGAGCGGCAGUCUGAAAGGCUUAGACAGCAAAGACGACAAGGAGUGUUGCCGAUUGACGAUUUCUUCUUCGACAGAAAGGAUUUGAUUGGGCUUGAUCCGUCACAAGCUUUGAAAUCAUCCAAGGCAUGGGACAAGCUACAAGGAAUGAUCGGAUUGCGUGAAGUGAAAAAGACAGUCGAAGCCCUUGUGGAUACGAUGAGGUAUAAUUUCCAACGCGAGCUCAAUGAACAGCCUCUGGUUGAGUACAGCCUCAACAAAGUCUUUCUUGGAAAUCCAGGAACAGGCAAGACCUCGAUUGCAAAGAUCUAUGGCCAGGUACUUGUGGAUAUUGGAUUCUUGUCCAAUGGCGAAGUGGUGGUAAAGAAUCCGUCCGACUUUGUUGGCAGCGUGAUAGGAGAGUCCGAGAAAACCACAAAAGGUAUUCUUGCGGCUACAUUGGGAAAGGUUCUGGUCAUCGAUGAAGCAUACGGUCUCUUUUCCGGUGGCACUUCUGACGGCACAGGGGCUAGAAGCGACCCGUACAGAACUGCUGUGGUAGACACGAUUGUUGCAGAGGUACAAAGCACGCCUGGAGACGAUCGAUGUGUUCUUCUCUUGGGCUAUAAAGACCAGAUGGAGCAAAUGUUCCAAAAUGUCAACCCUGGCCUCACCCGUCGCUUCCCCAUUGACCAAGCCUUCCUCUUUGAGGACUUCACGGAGCAAGAGUUGGACCUAAUCCUUGAUCUGAAGUUAAAGGAACAGGGAUAUAGUGUCACUGAUCGUGCUCGACGUGUGUGCUCGGAGAUGCUCGAGCGCUCUCGAGCCCGACCUCAUUUUGGAAAUGCGGGUGAGAUUGACAUUCUGCUGAACACAGCCAAACUGCGCCAUCAGAAGCGACUUUCCUCGAAUAAAUCUGCUAGGGCUCCGAGGGAUGCGAUUCUCGACGCCAUCGACUUUGACGAGAACUUCGAUCGCGCAGAUAACAAUGAGACAAGCAUUUCCAAGAUGUUUGAAGGAGUGGUAGGGUGUGAAAGCAUUGUUUCCAAGCUGCAAGGCUACCAAAAGAUGGUCAAAGAUCUCAGGAAGUUGGACAUGGAUCCUCGCGAACAGUUGCCCUUCAACUUUGUCUUUCGUGGACCACCGGGAACUGGAAAGACCAGUACAGCCAGAAAGAUGGGACAGGUUUACUAUGAUAUGGGACUGCUCGCCUCAAACGAGGUGAUCGAGAGCUCUGCAACAGACUUGGUGGGUCAAUAUGUUGGGCAAACUGGCCCAAAGACCCAGAAAGUUCUGGAACGUGGCCUUGGGAAAGUCCUUUUCAUCGACGAAGCAUACCGUCUUGCUGAGGGACAUUUCGCCAAAGAAGCUAUGGAUGAGCUUGUGGACUGCAUCACAAAGCCCAAAUUCUUUCGAAGAAUGAUCAUCAUUCUGGCCGGCUAUGACGCCGAUAUCAAUCGGCUUAUGGCAAUCAACGCUGGUCUGACCAGUCGCUUCCCAGAAUCGCUUCAAUUUGAAUCCCUUUCUUCAGGGAACUGCAUCCGAUUGCUCGAUGAGCAGCUGUCGAACGUCAAACGUGACCUCUCACUCAAAUCAAAGGUGGACUUUGACAUAACCUGCGUGCAAAGACCCGAUCCCGACUUCAAGAAAGAGAUGACUGAAAGAUUUUACCUUCUGGCUCAGACUGCAAGCUGGGCCAAUGCCCGAGAUGUUGAGACCCUAGCAAAGGGUAUCUUCCAAAAGGUCCUCGCAUCGAGUCAUAUCUCAAGUGGGAAGAAGCUACUUUUGAGCAAAGAGAUCGUGAUUGAAGAACUGAGUGCUAUGAUCAAUGAGCGGUGUAACCGUGGAACUGGUCUGACCCAAAUCCAGUCAGCCGCCGUCAGUCAUGAACAAACUCUGCCUGCUCGCACGAAAGUCAUGGAACAGCCUCCGGCUCAGUCAGACAGUCAAAAGUCCGCACCAGCAGAUGUUGAACCGAACACCAAAGCAGACUCGGUGAUAGAUCCUGGCACAAAACCGCAAGAUUCAGGUAUCAACCGCGAUCUCGGCGUCACGGACGAAGUCUGGGACCAGCUUGAAAGAGACAAGGCUGCAAUGAAAAUGAGAGAACAAGAGUACGCGAAGGUCAAGGAGGACGAUGAGAAGAAGCAGCAAAUUUUGAUGAAGCUGAAAGAAGAAGAGGAGAGAGCGGAGAAGGAAGCCGAAGAAGCCAGGCAAAGAGCAGACGAGGAAUCAAGGAAACGCCACGAGCAAGCGCGUUUGGAGCAUGAGCUGGAGCGCAGAAAACAAGAGGCUGUCGCCAGGGAAAUCAAAGCACGACGCAAGGCAUUUGAGGAGGCUCGGCGAAAAGAGCAAGCUAAUCAAGCCAAGCUAAGAUCCAUGGGUGUUUGUGUGAUGGGAUAUAAGUGGAUCAAAUCAAGUGGUGGAUAUCGGUGUGCGGGUGGCAGCCACUGGGUCUCGGAUGCUCAGCUUCAAUGA